AUGGCCCAUAUCCUUAUUGAUUGGCUCAAUAAUGAUGUUCAGCUAUCAAAAAAGAUUGAAUCAAGUCAAAAUUUAGCUGGUGAAUUUGCAACAGGUUAUCUUGUUGGUGAAAUUCUUUCUAAAUAUGGUUUACAAGAAGAUUUUCCUCAAUUUAGUACAAGCAACAAUUCUAUAUCACAAUUAAAUAAUUUUACAAGAAUUGAACGAACACUUCAUUUACUUGGUAUACCAUUUAAUACAAAUCAUGCACGUCAAAUAAUGACUAUGGAAAAAGGUGCUGUACAACAAUUAUUAUAUCAACUUUAUACAGCUUUAAAUCGUAAAAAGAAACGAAAUUUAACUGGUACAGCAAUGGAAACUAUGACAGCACCAGCAACAAAAAUUUUAGCACAAGCAGAAACACAACAAUAUCAAAAUUUAAUUAAAAAAAGAACAGAACGAGGAUGUGAUCUUAGUUUACAGGAACUUGUUAAUAAACAUGAACAAUUCAAAGCUCGACAAGAUGAAAUUAUUAAUAAACAAAAAUAUGAAGAUGAUGAAGGAAAAAGACAAGAACUUGAAUCAAAACGACAAUAUCUACUCAAUCGUUCGAAAGAAAAACGAGCUAAAGAUGCUGAAUUAGAAGCUAGAAUUAAAUCAAAACAACAAGAUCUUGGUUAUGAGCUCGAAAUUGAGCCAAUGCCAGCCAGUGUAGUUAUGAUACCAAAAACUCCACCACUAUUUACUAAACAAGCAUUGGAAAAGAAACGAAAAUUAAAGAAAGAAGUCGAAUCGCAGGAUACAAUGAAUGAUAUUCGUCGAUUUGAAAGACGUGUUUUACAACAUUCAGAAUUUGAUGAUGAUGAAGGUUUUGAUGAAAAUCCACCAGGAGAGUCGAUGAAUGUUUCGGAUAUGGAAUUAUCAUCACCUUAUGAACAAGAAGCUUUAAGUAGUAAAAUUGGUGCAACAUCUUCGCAGGAAUUAGUUGCUUAUACAAAACCAUUACAAGCCGGUCAAGUUGAUCCAUAUAUACUUGAAAUUCGACGUCGUCUUCAAGAAGAUAUUCAUGCAAGACGUGAACGAGAAAAACGUCGUCGAAAAGUUUUAGUUGAUCAACUUCGUGCACUUGAAGCUAUUGAAGAUUCGAAACGUGAAGAAUCACUUGUUAGUCAUUUACUUCGUCAGUCUCAAUUUGAACGUCGUCUUGCUGUUGAAUUAUUACAAACUCGACAUGAAAAAGAUGUUUUACGUCAUAAUCGUAUUUCACAUGAGAAAGAACUUGAAAUUCGUCGAAAACAAGAUUUUAUUGAAGCGAUGGAUCGUGAAGCGGAAUUAGCACGAUUAACUCGAUUAGAAUAUGCUGAACAAAUACGAAAAGAUAAAGAAUUACAUGAUAUUAUUCAAGCUGAAAAAGCUGAAGCUAUACAUACAGAUAAUGUUGAUUUUUGCAUACAUAUUACUUGGCAAAUGGUUGAUUUUGCCUUAAAAAUAGGAGAAUAUCGGCAAUUAACUGAAAAUUUAAUACCAGCUAAAGUAUGGCGUGAAUGGAAUGCAUUAUUUGUUAGUGAUCGACCAUUUUUUGAUGAUGAAAAACGUAUUACAGCAGAAGAACAAGCUGAAAUCGAUCAACAAAAUCAAAAACUUCAUGCUCAAACAGUUUUACAAGAAGAAAGUUUGAAAAUUUUAGAUGAAGGUGAUUUUAAUGAAUAUCGAAAUAUGAUUGGUGAAUGGGAACCACCAGCAGGUAGUCAAAGUGCAAUAACAAUUACACAUGUACCACCUAUGGAUAAUCCUAUUUUUGGUUAUGUUAUUAAUCGUUUACAUAAUAAUAUACAUCCACCAGCUGCAAAACUUCCAGCACCAUUAUUUCCAGCAUUUGGUCUUAAAAUUAUUGUUCUUGGAAAAUCGUUUGCGGGAAAAUCAUCGGCACUUAAACGAUAUAGUGACGAAACUGGUGUAACAAUUGUUAACAUUGAACAAUUAUUUCAUGAAGCUGUAGAAGCAUUUAAUAACAAUGAAAUGGAUGAUGAAGAAGCUGAUAAUGAUAUUGAAAUGGAUAAUUCUACAAGAAUUGAUCAUGAUAAUGUACCUAUUUCUCAUGAAAAGCCAUCGGGUGAUCAUCUAGGUAAAAAUCUAACAUAUUAUAUAAAUAUUGAAAAUGACGAUAUUUUUGAUCUAUUCAAAAAAUCAGAAGAUAAUACUAAUCUUUCAUCAUGUUUACAAUCAUUUGCUACUAAUUAUCAUAGAUUUAAUACGAAUACUAAUUCAAAAAAAAAGAGAAAAAAGAAAAAAUCUAAUAAAAUCAAGAAGAAAACGAAAUUAAAACAAACACAUAAAUUAUUUUAUACUUCAUCAAAUACAUCUUUCUCAGGUACAACAAAUACUCUUGAAUAUCCACCAGCACCUGCUCCUACACUUGAUAAUCUUACAGAUACUACCAAUACUGAAGUAUCAAAUAAUACGAAAAAUAAAAUGGAUAAACUUAGUGAUCGUGCUAAACUUGGUUCAAUUAUUCAUCAAUCAAUAAAACUUGGUGAAUCAUUAAGUGAUCGUAUGGCUGUAGAAUUAAUUGUUGAACGUCUUCGACGAAUUCCCGAUGGUGAAGGUUGGAUUAUUGAUGGAUUUCCAACAACAUAUGAUCAACUUAAAUUACUUGAAAAUGCUCUAGCAAAUUAUGAAGAAGAACAACCAAAAGGAUUCAAUCCACUUUUAGCACCUAAUCCACGUCCACCACCACCCACCGACCCAUAUAAAUCAAUUAUUGAUCUUGUUGUUCUUUUUCAUGUUUCAAAUGAAAUUGUUAUUCGACGUGCAGCUGGACGUUCAUUUGCUCCAUUAGCUAAUCAAGAAUUUCAUGAACAAUAUAAUCCACCACCAGGUGGUUCAGCAACAGGAUUUAAUGGACAAGAACAAGUAUUUCCAACAAAAGAUGCUGCUAAUGAUAUGGAACAAUUACAACAUCGUAUAACACAAUUUCAAGAAUCAUAUCCACGUAUAGAAAAAUUUUAUGCACAAAAAUCUAAAGUAGCAGUUGUUGAUGAAACAAAAGCUGAUACACCGUUAGAUGAAGAACAAUUAUAUCAUGAAUUUUCUCGAGCAAUUGAAACACAUAUUAAUGAAGAAGAAGACAAAAUACGAAAAGCAGAAGAAGAUAAACAAAGAUCUGAACAAGAACGUUUAAUUCGAGAACAAGAAGAUGAAGAAGCUAAACGACGUACUGCAGAAGAAGAAGCAGUUAAAGCACAACAAGCAGCAGAAACUGCGGCUGCUGCAGCUGCUGAACGUGCUGCUCGAGAAGCUGCUGAAGCUGAAGCAGCUGCUAAGAAAGGUAAAAAAGGUGCUAAAAAAGCUCAAUCACCAGGUGCUAGUGCUGGAAAGAAAGGAAAAGCUGGCAAAAAAGGAGAAGAACCACCACCAGUUGUUGAAGCAGCACCACCUGAACCUCAAGGACCUCCACCACCAAAACCUGGUUCAGAAGAAUGGAUGUAUAUUCAAGAACCUAUUGAUCCAGAAAUUGCUGCGAUCCUUUCAAAUUAUUAUGAUGCAGUCGAAGUUAAUUAUAUAGAUGCAUGUAAAAUUGUAUUUCGUAAUGUUCGUUUUGAACGUUCUUAUUUAAUCGAUCAUUUUUACAAUGUCAAAGUUAGUUUUAAAGUUUUUCUUAAUCGACCUGAUUCAAAACAAGAAUAUGUUGAUGUUUUCGUCAAAGAUUUUAAUGCGUUACCAGAAAAUGCUCGUGAUGAUGAUGAAUUUAAACAAGAACUUCAUCAACGAGUAGAAGAUUUAAGUGAUACUUUACAUGAUAUAGCAACACAACGUAAAGAUGAAGCAGAAAAAGAACGUGAUACAAUUAUGAAUGAUGGAUGGGUUCCUGAUCAUUUAGGUCUUUUAACAAAUCAUUAUAUAACAUUAAUGCAAAAUGAAAUUGAUCGAUAUCAAGAUGCAUUACGUAUGCUUCGUGAUUACUAUAAAUCAAUGCAACAACCUAUUCCAGAUGAAAUGAAACAAGAAUAUGCUCGAUUACCAUUAUUUGAAUUAAUGGAAGCUGGUGAACGUCCAGCAUCUGUUGCUGAAAGUCUUGUUGAUUUUGAUCAAUCAAAAAUAAAUGCUACUCCAGGUGCUAGUACUGAUGACUCAGCUGCACAAGGUGAUGCAGGUAAAAAAGGCAAACGAGCUUCAUCAGCAGCUAAAAAUAGUAAACGAACACCGACACCACCGAAAUCUCCAAAAGGUGGAAAGAAACCAGCUGGUAAAAAAGAUAAAGAAGGUCAACCAUCGAUUGAAACAACUGUUCAAGAACCUAGUCAAGAACCGACACCGAAAAAUAUCAAACCUAAAUUACCAUUAGUACCUCGUCGACCACUAACAGCUUUUGAACCACCCGAGACAAAGAAACGCCCAAAUCAAGCGGCAGCAGCUAAAAAAAAGUUAGAAGAAGCUAAAGAUGGUGAACCAUCACCUGCACCUCCAGAAGAUAUUGACGAACGACUUGUCUUUGAUGCACAUCGUUUAGCUAAUCAAUAUGUUAAUGAAAUGCAAACCAGUGAACAAGCUAGUAUUGAUAUAGAUCCAAUAGCAAAUGCCGCUGCAGCCGCCGCUGCUGCAGCUGCAGCUGCUGCUGCUAGUAAGGAUGCUAAAGGUGGCAAAGGUGCUAAAGGUGGUAAAGAUGCCAAAGGUGGUAAAGGUUCAGCUGGAAAAAGUGGUAAAAAAGGAAAAAAAACAGAAGAAGCACCUGUAGAACAUGUCGUAGAAUUAACACCAGAAGAAAAGGCUAAAAAAGAAUUAAAAGCUAAAAUGAAAGAAGAAUUUUUAACUGCUCUUGGUCAUGAAGUCCGAAUUUGUCAAGCACGUUUAAUACUUAUUCGUGAUGUUGCAUCUCGAGCUAUUAUUAGUUUAAAAAGUAAAGCUGAUGAUACAUAUACACGUAUGUAUGAAUGGCUUGGAGAAAAAUAUAAACAAGAAACUGAAAGUAUUGAAAAUAUGGCGAAAAUAAUUCGAUAUGCAAUUGAAUCAAAAGAAAAAAUUGAACAACAACUUGUUCUCGAUAGAUAUUCAUUUUAUAUUGCUGAGGAUGUUGUUGUUGCUCCUCCACCAGUACCACCACCUCGACCAUCGCCUUUAGAACAAGUAAUGGGUGAACAAUUUACUAUUGAUCAAUUAAAAGAUCUUUUCAAACAAUUUUUAUUAACUGCACCAAGUGGUCUUCUUUCAACGAAAACAUUUAUUGAUUUAUAUUCAGAUCUGAUUUCAGUUACUGUCGGACAACGACCUUUACCUGAAGCAUGGACUGGUUUAGAUCAAAUACAAAUUGAAUCGUUAGCAACAAUGCUUUCAAAUGGUGCUGAAUUUAUUAAUUGGCGUUUAUGGUUAUUAUUUGCUUCUCAACCAUGGCCUCAUCCUUCGCAACAAGAUUUACUUAAUCUUCUCUAUACAUAUGCUGAACAUGAUACUGAUCAAUCAGGUUUCAUAUCUCGUUCAAUUUAUAAUGAAAUUCCAUUAUGGUUUUCAAUAGAACGUCCACCUACACCUGAAGAUCCAUCUCAACCACGUCCUUAUGAACGUGAACAUCAUUUGAAACAAUUUUGGUUUGAUUUAUUUGCAAUUGAUGAUCGUGGAACAUUAUUACCAUAUGAAGAUAUGCUCUUGUAUUUGGCUGCUGUACCUAAUCCAUUACAUGGUUUCUGUCGAGCAUUAGCAUUAGCUGAACGAACACCAAUGCCUACAUUAAAAGAACAAUUACCACAUCUUAAUAUGCAUUGUAGUACAUUGAAUACACAAGAAUAUGAACGAUUAUUAGAAAAAGAACGAGAACAAGCUCAAGAAAAUGAAAUUGAAACACCAGAUGAUGCUUUAAUUUCAGUUGAUGGAUUAUAUCAGGUUUUACAUCAUGGUGAACGUAAAUUUGGUGAUACACAUCGAUUUGCUACUACUGAAGAUCCAGAAGACUUCUCUUCAAAAGAAAGACUUUAUGCUGUUUGGGAUGAAAUGGAAUUAGAUCGUUCUUCGAAAAUCCUUCUAACUGCAUUACUUAAUCAUCCAGUUGUUGCAGAUAUGAUUGCUAAUUGUUGCAAAUAUCGAGCACCUGAUUUCAAACAAAUACUUCAUGCGAAACAAACCGAUGAAUUAUCUGGUGCUGAUUCACAUGGUCAUCGAACUCCAGAUCAAGUAUCUAGUUAA